CAUUAUACUAGUAAGUAUUAACGCACUAUGAGUAAUCAUUAGUUGGUACCUAGUCGUUAUAAUAUACGUGAAAAUUAUUGUAGUUUUAUUCGAGGUAUUUUACGUGUGUACUAAAUUAGUGUUGAUUUAAUUACACGGCGGCAUUAUGUCUUCCAGGCCGACCCAGGAAUUAUUCAUUAGUAUUUUAAUAAUCGCAAUUCUAAUACGCAACGUGGUCAGUGACGGUACACAGUUAUGCGAUACGUGCACUUGUACUGACUUUUCGGUCAACUGUUCGGACAAAGGUCAAAUUGAAAUAUUAAACUUAUGGAACCACGAAGUAGCGCUGAGCGAGGCUGUAAUAAUACAUUUCGACUACAACAAUAUCGUCCACGUCCAACAGCUGCCACCUUCUAAAGUGAAGUAUUUGUCGCUUCAGCACAAUCGCAUAUCCAAAAUUGACGAUUUCGCCUUUGCAAACUUGCACUCUCUCAUAGACCUCGAUCUUAGCUAUAACGCUUUGACUCCCGACACUUUAGAUUCGAACAUCUUCAAGACAAACCAAGAAGCCGAAUCGACAUUUCACACGUCUUUGAAGCAUUUAAAUUUGAACAACAACGGACUUCAUUCUCUACGGGCGAAUACGUUCAAAGAUCUCAGCACGCUAUCGUCUUUGACGCUCGCGGGAAAUCCGUUUAAAGUCAUAGACCGAUCAACCAGUUUUGCACUAUCAUCGCUUCCUUUCUUGAAAAAUUUGGAUUUGACAGAUACAUCGUUGGAAAAUCUUCCUGAACACUUUUUACAUACACCUCGAUAUCUAGAGUCAUUAAAUUUAUCGAAAAAUAUGUUUAAUCAUGUUCCACGAGAGUUGGCAGAAGCACACAUGUUACGCAGACUGGAUUUAAGCUAUAACCCAAUUCAAAACAUCUCAAAUUUUCCAAAAAUGUCUUGGUUAAAGAUACUUCAUUUAUCGCACAUGCCAAAUUUGAACACUAUCGAUGAACAUGCCUUUAGUCUUCUUACAAAUUUAGAAGAAUUUUACUGUUCCCACAACCUUCAAUUACAUUCGAUUGCGCCCAAUGCAUUUAGUUACGAAGCCCACGAUGGGUCGGAGGGAGAACAAUGGCCACACAUUGUCAAAUUAUAUUUAAACCACAAUUCUUUAGGAUAUCUGGAUAGUCGUCUGCUAAGUAGGUGGGAUACGUUGCAAGACCUAAAUUUACAGGGGAAUAAAUGGAUAUGUGAUUGUGAAAACCAGUGGCUUGUUUCAACUCUAGCACCUAUGGUAGAAGCAAGACAUGCCGAAUUUCUUAAAGAUUUUACUUGCCAAGAACCCAUAGAAAUGAGAGGAGUGUCAAUUCUGGACCUUGAUCACCGACAUUACCAUUUGCGGUGUUUGGACUUCUAUAACCAUCGACCGGAAAGAGAUGGUGUACUACUCGUGGGCAUACUAAUUGGAGUUAUACUUUCUGUACCUUUUACAAUGGCAUUUAUGAUGUACUGUGCACGGAAGAAAAAUUCACUAUCGUACUAUCAUAGAAUGUUAAAUUUCAAAGGUCCUCUUCCACAUGAAUUUCAGUUAAGAGAGACACCAGUAUAUCAACCAACAUCAAUAAACGUCGAUGGAUACUAAUUCUCAAUUAUACAAGUUAUAAAUAGUAUUUGAGCAGCAAACUCAAACAUGUUAUUAUAACCUGAAAACACAAUUAAUUAAUAAAUAUCUUAUUUAGAUUUAACGAAAAGCUAAAAAAUAUUGUUUUUC